CACAAACACACACACAUGUCGAGUUAUUGCUUGCUUCAUCAGCAGUAGGCUUGGCUUGCUGCUGCAAUUCUCUCUCCUCCCUAACCUGGAGCUCCAGCUGCAUCAGGAGCCUGCAGAGCAGUAAACAGGACACAGCACCAGCGACAGAAGGUAGUAUUGUAUACUGCCACACAACAACCAGAAACAGGAAUCUGAGAGUCUUGAGCAGCAAAGAGAAGCACAAAGAAAGGACACAACAAGAGCUUGAGGAGGAAACGAGAAGAAAAAAGGAAAGAUGAUAAACAGACACUAGAAAGCAUAAGAGCUCUAAGCAUGCCUGUAUGCUCUGCAUCUGUGCUCUACCUACUCCUCUUGCUGCUGUGUGGGCUGCUGGGAGGCUGGGUGCUGUCCAUCUGCCCCGCUGCCUGCUCCUGCAGUGGAGGCCAUCGUGUUGUGGACUGCUCUUCACGAGGCCUGACCAAGUUACCGCCUGGUCUGCAGCAUAACAUUCGCUUUCUCAACCUUUCUUUUAACAGCUUGCACGGUGUGGACAACCAGCUCAGCCACUAUGCCCAUCUGCGCACCCUGGAUCUGUCCUACAACCGCCUGGAGAGUCUCCCCCCUGCCCUGCCACGGUCUCUGUGGGACAUUCGAGCAGCAGGGAACCAUCUACGCUCUCUAGACAAAAAUGACACAGCCUACCACUGGAACCUGAAAGUACUGGAUCUAUCAGAUAAUGAGCUAGAGAGAGUGGUCUUUAUCAAUAACACACUGUUGAGUCUACAGUCUCUUAACCUCAGUCAUAACAGGUUUUGGACAGUGCCCACAAACAUGCCACACAAUCUGGAGAUCAUUGACUUGUCACAUAACUAUCUGUUGCAGAUCCUGCCCGGAUCGUUGGAUCGACUGCCCCGACUGGCCCAGUUUUAUUUGCAUGCUAACCGCUUCACCUGGCUGUCUGAGGGAAUCUUUGAUGACCUAAUAGGACUGGAGAUUAUUACUCUUGGGGAUAACCCCUGGGCUUGUGAAGAAGAAGAACACAUAACAAAGCUCCUUAGAUGGUCAGAGAAAACCCGUGCAACUGUUUUGGGGUGCCCCUGUUAUACAAGACCCAUCUGUGGGCAAUCCCAUUUACCAGUAACCGGAAGGGAAAGGCACUCAGCUCGGUUUACGGAGCCACCACUCUGGGUUAACAACAGAAGUGAAGGGCAGGAUGUUCAAUUGCCCCCAAGGACUGUAGAGAACACACCUAACUAUCAGGCGAAGUCUCCACUUGUUGACAGUGGAAUGUAUCAGGGCAAAGCAGGUAUGAAUGAAUCUGGGGAUCACAUCUGGACAUCUUCAACAAGUAUGGAUAGUUUUUCUUCACACACAAGCACAACAGAACAUCCAAGGUCUUUAACCAAUAAGCCUAAACUAACUCGUUUAUAUAAUGAAGGCUGCAAACUGGACAUCAAAACUCAACAAACAGUCAUUCUGUCUGUUAUAGUCAUGACAACUGCACUCACCACCAUCUAAACUACAAUACACAUAGUGUAACAGUUAUUAGAAUCUUGUGGACACUAAAUCUAUAAGUAAUUUCCUGUAUGUAGCAGUUCCAUUUUCAUUUGCCGUAUAAAAACUGUUGCAACUGUUGUUAUCAUCAUGACAAUAUCUCUUAAAAUCCUGUACACAAAGAAAAAUGUCAGAGGUAAACAUCUAGGUUAUUGCUUGAACACAUGCUGCUGGGUUCAUUUAUUAGUUGAUUCCUAAUCAAUGCUAUUGUGCUGUUUUGGUCCUACCAAGGCAUUUAGAACAGUGCUGUUCUAAAUACAAAAUGCUUUCCAAUUUACCAGUUAAAGACUAGCAAUAGGACAGUGUGUAAUACACACACGUGAGCAUGUUCUCCUCCCGUUCCACUAUGGGGACUGCCCAACUGCCUGCAGAGAGUCUGUUGUCAGACGGAAGCAGUGUUUAAAGCAUGUGAGCCAAUCUGUGAGACAGUUUUGCUCAUGUUGUUGCUGUUGGUGAGUCAGCCAGCCGCAAAGGAGAGUGAAGCUAUAACAUAUAAAGAGCUCAAGUGAGAUCGAGUGUUAAACAUAGUGAAAAGUGUGCACUACGGCAACUGUGCGUUUCAUGCUGUAUUUUUUAAUUUCUGAAGUUUUUUUCCCCCCAGUUCUUCUGUUCUGAGUGAACUCGACUAUCGCUAUUGCUUCCUUCUCUAUUCCAGGCUACUGGUCAACCAAUCAACUUUCAGCAGUCACAUCUGCAUGGGAGGACUGCAUGGGAGUGUGUCUUGGGUGGGUGAAAACCCCUCUUCACCCCUGUGCCAGACUGAAAAAUGUAUGCGAAUGAAGACAUUUGCAGGACUGCAAAUUCCACUUGUGAAACUGAAAGAGGAACGCAAACAGGAAUUUGAGUCUCAAACAACACUUUACCAAGAGAAACCUACAAGUUGUAUCGCAAGCAUUAUUUAAUUGUGAGCAGCAACAACUUCUCAAGUACAAAAUACCUAACUUUCAUGUUUGUACUGUGUGUAAAAUGUGAUGGACAACCUUGUGACCCGUAUAAAGUUUGGAUGAUGUUUCUGCGAUAAAGUAUGGCUGAGCAGGAGGGCUCCAAAGUGGCCUGGCUUGGUGCUCUUUUUCAGAGGUUUUUCCAUUCAAAUGAAUUGGAAAAAUUUGUUGAGAAUGUUGCAAAAACUAUGUGACGAAUAGCUACCAAAAACGGUUUACAUUGGCAUCCUCAAAAGAGUGACCUUUAUCCUUUAGAUGCAGAUGUACAUUUGAGUCUUGUCCGGUCGAGGUGGCUCUUCUAUGUUGUGCCAUACAUUUAUGAAGUGGCUGUUGGGUUUGUCGAAUGUAGAGGUCUGUUGUUUAGUUUGUCUUUGGGACAAACCAGUUUUUGUCAGAGUGUGCGUCAGUUUCUUUGAUAAACUGGCUACAUAAGGGAUGACAUUUUUGUUCUGUUUGUCAUUCUGUUUCUCCCUAUUUGGUGUCUGACCUUGUUUACUGUGCAUCUUUGCUGAUUUGAUUAAAGCCCAUGUUGGGAUAAAAACAUGUUUUAAGAGCUUUCUUUACAUGUGUGUGUUCCUUUUCUUUCCCUUCUGCCUUAGAGGGAACAUUUUCUGACCAAUAUUGCUGGAUCACUUCUAGUUCCAGAGGGUGGUUGGAGUCAAAGAGUAGGUACCAGGCUGUGUGUGGGCUUCUGGUAAACUUCAAUGUUGAGGUGUCCAUUCUUCUCAAUGUCCAGGAUGCCAAUGUUCACAUUG